UUGUCCGUAAACUUUGUACGCGAACGUCGAGCCUGGGGCUGAGGCCGGUAUCUGUAACGUCGAUAGUAACUUCAUAAGCGGAGUAACGAGUGGACGCAGUGAGGGUUCCACAGUCAAGCGGCAAAUUUUCACCCAGUUCGUGCGCAAUCACUACGGAGUGGCCUGAGAUUCGAGGCAUUGUGCGGUUCUGAAUCGUAGCAGUUUUAAUUGGGGAGCGGCGUCCAUUCAAUAUAAAAGUCUAAUUGAACCACCAGCCAGCCUUAGUGGUGGAUCUCGGUGAAGCCGUCGUGGAAAAGUUGGAAAAAGUCAGGAAAGUGAGUGAAGUCGACCCGCAACUAGCUCGAAUACUAGUUCCACUAGCCUUACAGGUGGUCUAAUCUAAUCUGACUCAGCGGUGAGAGCUCCCUCGUCCGCAGCGCUCAAAGUUCCUAACUCUAUUGGAAACCGCGUUGCCACGUGCUAUUAUUUACAAAAUGUGCGGCUGUUCCGGCACAAUCAAAUAGAGCGCGGCGCCGGUGAAAGCAUUUCACAGUGGGAAAUUUAUGGACGACCUUGUUCUGUGCCAAGAAUCUUCCUUGAGUUACACGAGAUAGUUUCAAUUAUUAAUCUCCAAGUUCAUUGCACCACCAUAUAAACGUCGCACGGGGGAGUGCCUUGCCUAGACUGUGAGAUAUCAUACGAUUCUCGGGGCGACGCAUGCGGACUAAUCAAGGAUACCCCGAACAGUGCCUGCAUAUAAAGUUAAUUUAGACUAAGAACUUGUUGACUACUGUGAGUGCUAGUGAAACGCGAACAUGGGCUACGACGACAUUAUUGAACACUUGGGCGGGUUUGGACGUUAUCAGAAGCGAAUCUUCUUCCUCGUCUGCCUUCCUGCCAUUCCUUGUGCCUUUCACAAACUAGCCGGAGUGUUCCUACUCGCCAAACCGGCUUACCGGUGCUUACUUCCUUUUGAAAAUGCCAUCAAUACGACAUACGACGAUCUACCCGGAAGCGUUUGGAAUAUGUCAUAUCCUGUCGAUCCCGGGACGUCGAAAUGGUCCACGUGCCAGUACUUAGACGCAAACUACACCGAAGAAUACCUCCAUGGCGGGGUACCAGCGGAUCAUUCGAUACGAUGCAACAAGUGGGUGUAUGACAAAUCCCGAUACGAAAGCACAACCGUCACAGAAUGGGAUAUGGUGUGCAAUUGGUCCUGGUUAACUGCUACUUCGGACGCGCUGUUCAUGGUUGGAGUACUAUUAGGAAGCAUCAUUUUUGGACACCUCUCGGACAAAUUUGGACGAAAACCGAUAUUCUUUGCCUCUUUGGUGAUUCAACUUGUUUUUGGUGUCACAGCUGCAAUUGCCCCGGAAUAUAUCACCUACACUUUGUCCAGGAUAAUCGUGGGGGCAACAACAUCAGGAGUAUUUCUCGUUGCGUAUGUGAUAGCUAUGGAAAUGGUUGGACCAAGCUAUCGCCUCUUCGCCGGAGUUGUAAGCAUGAUGUUCUUCUCGGUUGGCUACGUCUUAACAGCUGGGUUCGCAUAUUACCUCACAAAUUGGAGGUAUCUGCAAAUAGCUCUGACACUCCCAGGAGUCCUUUUCAUGGCAUAUCACUGGUUCAUCCCAGAAUCAGCGCGUUGGUUGCUAUCGAAAGGAAGGAAAGACGAAGCGAUUAUCAAUAUCCAGAAAGCCGCCAAAGAAAACAAGGUAACCAUACCUACCGAUGUGCUCGAUAACCUCCUGGUCGAACCCGAAGUAAAGAAAGAUGAAAUCAAAGUGGACAAACGUGAAGCUUCAGUUUUCGACCUCUUCCGACAUCCCAACUUGCGCAAAAAGAGCCUUCUCAUUUUCUUUGAUUGGUUCGCGAAUAGUGGAACAUACUACGGACUCUCCUGGAAUACAAACAACCUCGGUGGAAACGAUUUACUGAAUUUCGUUAUUUUCGGUGCAGUGGAAAUUCCAGCCUAUUUGUUCCUGCUCGUAACUCUAAACCGAUGGGGACGUAGAACAAUCUUAUGUGGCUGCAUGCUAUUUGCCGGUGCAAUGCUCCUUCUAACAAUCGCAGUUCCCAACGAGCACAACUGGCUUAUCGUAGUCCUGGCGAUGUUUGGGAAACUUGCAAUCACGGCGAGCUACGGAACCAUCUACAUAUUCUCGGCAGAACAAUUCCCCACUGUGAUUCGUAAUGUAGGAUUAGGAGCAGCUUCAAUGGUCGCUCGAAUAGGAGGCAUCUUGGCACCAUAUUUCAACCUUCUAGGAGACAUCUGGACACCAUUCCCUCUAAUCAUAUUCGGAGCGAUGGCAUUCACAGGUGGAUUGCUGUCGCUUUUGCUACCUGAAACCCACAAUAAACCACUUUUGGAGACAAUCGAUGACGGAGAGAAUUUCGGUAAGAAAAAAGAUCCAGAGGCAGUAGAUAAGGAAAUUCAAUAGAUUAAGAUUGGAAUAGAUGGUAUAAGGUAGUAUCUCAGUCAGAUGGGGAUCUUUUCGUAUUUAAGGGAGUUGCUUUCAAAUUGAAAGGACACGGCAUCAAGGAUUGGCUUGCACAAAUUUUUAUACAUAUAAAGGCUUUAAAAAGGAAGUUAUCUCUGAUGCUCUUUACUUGAAAAUGCCAAUUUAGGCUAAGAUCGUAAAAAUGACCAAAUUUUUAGGAAAUUUUGUAAAUUUCGUAUUGAAAAAAAAGACAAGUUUGUAUAAAAUUAUUUAUUAUAGUUUUAACACGGUAAUAAAACGUGCACACUCUUAA